AGCCACUCCUGCGUCUAUGACUAAAAAAUUCUUCAGGGUAGUGUCCUAGCAUGACCACAGUCAAAUGACUGAAAUAGCUAAAAGAUGGAAGUUAAAUAAGAUCUUCUGAAAACAUUUUGUUCUCUCUGGCUCUGUCUUUUUAUUAUUAUUAUUUUUGUCAUUGCUAAAAACAAAACUAAUGCAAAAAUGACAGUAAAUCAUUCACGCGUUACCUAAAAAAAAGACCAUGUCAAUUGGCUAACAUGAAAUAGUAGAUAAGCUAUCUAAAGUUCAGAAAUUAAAGUCCAGUGUUUUCUCAAAUCAUCUAGGUCAUUUGUAACACUCAAAACUACUUUCUCAAAAUGGUUGACUGUUAUUUUCCUGUUACAGUACGUCUCAUCAUCCUUUUGACUUUAGGUUUAUUGGCUAAAAGUGAAAAUUGUCGACAAACUACUUAUUGUUCUUGCCAAAGAGACAAUGGGGAUGUCGUUGAUCUUCAACAAUUUGGAGACAGAGUUUUUCAGAAUAUGACAAAGUCAGCUAUAUAUAAAUGGUUACCUUGUGCACAGAUGGAUUGCAACAACGUUACGCAAACUAUCUGCCAAUUCAAUGUCAUAUCUCCUUCUGUACAAUUUCCAAAUAACUUAGGAAGUAUAAAGUCUGUUCACUUUACAGUUUCUAAAGGAAAUGUAAUUUUGACAUACACGGAUCCAUCAGGAAACACUAAAAGUACAGUAGCGUUGGUCUGCUCUGAAGGAAAGGAAGCAACGUUUCUUUUUAUUGGAAGAGUUCGCGGGUUUGUUUAUCAAACCUAUAAUUUUCAACUGCAGAGUAAACACUUUUGUCCCAGUCACUCACUAUCAACGGGAACAAUAAUUUGCAUAGUGCUUUUGUGUGUGCUCGUAUUAUAUCUCGUCCUAGGAGUUGUUUUUAAUAUAUUUGUACAACAUAAAUCUGGUUGUAAUGCUGUUCCUAAUGCUGAUUCCUGGAAAAGCUCCGGAGACUACAUUCAGGAUGGUUUCGCGUUCACUCUUACUAAAUGUGGAAAAUUGAAUAAGAGGAAAGAAUAUAAUGAAAUUUAAACAUGAUCCAAAAAAUUGAGAGGAUAUAUCUUUUAUAUAAAAUAUCAUUUUAAAACCGUUAUUCUUUUCUCUUGGAUAUGAACAUUUGUGAGUGAAAAACGUAGAGAAUUUGUAAAUAAAAUAAAGAAUAAAUUCUAUAUUUAUAAUUUAAUAAAAAUUCUUUUAUUUAUCUUC